CAUCUAUGGCCUUGUUCGGCGCGGCAGUCAGACUCUUGGAGGCGGAAAAGAGGAGAGAGACUGCGCCUACUUUGAGUGCGUGUGGGCUGGGAUCAUUGGGUGUUCACUUCCUCUUCUCACUACUCUACUACACCUCCUCUCUCUAUCUCUGUCUAAAAUUCUCUCUCUACGAUCCCUUCCCAUCACCAUCAUCGUAAUCAUCCCAUCAUGAUGAUCGUCCUCUCUCUCCUUGUCCCCCUUGUAUCUUGCUCUUGGUGGAAAUAAACACAUAACAGAAUCUCUUUUACGCUCUUGUAGAUCCAACUCAUCAUCUCCAUCUCUCUCGUGCUUGGUAUUGGAUUCUUCAUUUUUGUGAUCAAUUCCAUCUUUUGAUUUCUAUUGCUCCCCUGGUUUGGUAUAAAUGCAUUGGAUUUUCAGUAGUGGUCAGAAUUGGUACCGUGUUAAUUCUGAUAGAAUAUAAAGUUGAAUCUUUGAGGUCAAAGUGGUACUUUUGAAUUCCCAGCUUUGUGCUAGAUCAUUCUUGUCAUUAACUGAUUGCGGCGGCUUUGGUUUGCUAGUGAUAACUUGGGUCCGAGCUCCUGAAUCUUCAAAUAAAUGGUUUUGUUUGGCAAGCUUGAGACAAACUGUACUGUAAUCGCGGUAUAAUUGCGUCUAAUCAAUACAAUGGGUGGGUUUUGUUCGAGGAGAUCAACUGAAGAUGGUUCAUCCGGGGGAAACCUUUCACAUGUUAAUGGUCAUUUUAAUUAUAGUUCUGGAAUGGUUUAUCAGGCCGCGCAAGCGAAUAACAAUUCGAUGCCAUCACCAGUUGGGGAAAGCAUGGGUAAACAAUUAAGAGAACCCUUUUCAUUUCCGGAGAUGAACCCCAUCUCGAAUGGGAUAAAUCCUGAUGAUGUAAAUGAUGGGAUUCCUCGCUUGUCUAGGGCUUUAUCAAAUAAAUCUAGAUCAACAAAGUCUAAGCAGGCUGCUGUUGCAAAGGUUUCAGAAGUGAGUUCACUUUUGGGCAGAGCAGGUACUGCUGGGCUAGGGAAGGCAGUAGAUGUUUUGGAUACACUUGGUAGUAGCAUGACCAAUUUGAACCUUAGUGGUGGUUUUGUGUCGGGGGUGACAACAAAGGGAAACAAAAUUUCAAUUUUGGCUUUUGAAGUUGCGAACACAGUUGUUAAGGGUGCCAAUCUUAUGCAAUCCCUUUCUAAAGAGAGCAUUGGUCAUUUGAAAGAGGUAGUGCUUCCCUCAGAAGGAGUGCAACGUUUAAUAUCGAAAGAUGUAAAUGAACUCCUGAGAAUUGCUGCUGCUGACAAGAGGGAUGAACUAAAAGUAUUUUCUGGAGAAGUGGUACGAUUCGGAAAUCGUUGUAAAGAUCCUCAAUGGCACAACUUGGACCGUUACUUUGAGAAGUUGGGAUCAGAACUUAUACCCCAAAACCAAUUGAAAGAAGAAGCAGAAACCAUAAUGCAGCAAUUGAUGACUAUGGUUCAGUAUACUGCUGAAUUAUAUCAUGAGUUGCAUGCCUUGGAUAGAUUUGAACAAGAUUACCGGCGUAAGCUUCAAGAAGAGGAUAAUUCAAACGCUGCUCAAAGAGGAGAUAGCCUUGCAAUCUUAAGGGCAGAAGUGAAGCAACAAAAGAAGCAUGUAAGAAGUUUGAAAAAGAAAUCACUCUGGUCCAAGAUUUUGGAAGAGGUGAUGGAGAAGCUUGUAGAUAUUGUCCAUUUCUUGCAUUUGGAGAUCCAUGAGGCUUUUGGUAGUGCUGAUGGAGAUAAACCAUUAAAAAACAACCAUCAGAGAUUGGGAUCUGCAGGUCUUGCAUUGCAUUAUGCAAAUAUUAUAACUCAAAUUGAUACGCUUGUAACCCGUUCCAGUUCUGUGCCUUCCAAUACAAGGGAUGCUUUAUACCAGGGCUUGCCACCUAGUAUAAAGUCAGCUUUGCGCUCGAAAUUACAGUCAUUUCAGAUCAAGGAAGAGCUUAGUGUCCCACAGAUCAAAGCUGAAAUGGAGAAAACGUUGCAAUGGCUUAUUCCCAUUGCCACAAACACAACCAAAGCUCAUCAUGGCUUUGGAUGGGUUGGCGAAUGGGCAAAUACAGGAUCUGAGGUGAACCGGAAACCUGCUGGCCAGGCUGACCUACUCCGGAUAGAGACACUCUACCAUGCAGAUAAGGAAAGAACUGAAACUUAUAUUCUUGAACUGGUGGUGUGGCUUCAUCAUCUUGUCAGCCAAUCAAGGGCUACUGCCAAUAGUGGAAUUAGGUCCCCUGUUAAAUCCCCAGUUCUUUCUCCCAAUCAGAAAAGAAUACAGUUGUCCUCACAUAAGGCCAACUCUGCAUUGCCUACGCUGACGGAUGAAGACCAGGAAAUGCUUCGGGACGUAAGUAAGAGGAAGCUUACACCUGGAAUAAGCAAGAGUCAGGAAUUCGAUACUGCAAAAUCCAGGUUAAGCAAACACCAUAGGCUGACAAAGAGUAGCAGCCAUUCCCCAAGCAGCGAAAAUAACAAGGACCCCUUCUAUGUUAGGCGGCCAUCUUUUCUUCCUGUCAUCGACUUUGCUUUUGACAAGGUCAAAGCGUUGGACGUCAUUGAUAGAGUGGACACAAUUCGGAGUGUACAAUAAUUGUACGACGGAGUCAAUGCACAGACAAAGGGGGCUUGUAUAUGCACCAGAGUGGCCAUUUUCUGCUGCAUUUUUUCACAUUAAGUUCAUUUAGUUCGUUGCAGCGCUGAAGCUGUGUGAGGCAGGUAGAAGAUGGCGAGUAAUGUAAGCCGAUACUGUUUUGCAUGUGAGUUUCAGAAAUGAUCAUGGGUGAAAUUGUAGUAUUGUUCAAAGGGAAUUUUUACUGUUGAGAGAUCGAUUGGUUAUCAUUCGGCAGUGUCAUGUUUAUGUACAGAAUGCUCUCUUAAGUUUCCCAAUAAUUUAUUGUCAUGUUUCUGUUUC